AUGUCCUCUGUUGAGAAUAAACAUCAAGCGACUCAGGCACUUCACGCCGAUGAUCGUUUGAACCUGGUGACCGACGUUGCACCUCCACUCCACCUGUCAACCAUUUUCCGAUAUCCAAGCGACCCUAACAAGUUGACCGUAUCCGAAGAUCCAGUUGCGGAAUUCGACGGAACAAACUUCGUCUACUCUCGUGAAUUUGCACCGAACCAGACCCGUUUCGAAGCUAUCCUAUCAUCACUUCUGAAGGGUCAUGCGGUGUGCUACGCCACUGGUCUCGCCGCUCUACACGCUGCAUUAACACUAUUGAACCCUCGCCGGAUCUCAGUAGGCGAGGGCUACCACGGUAGCCAUGAAGUAAUUGCAGUCGUCUCUCGGCUCUCGGGACUUCAAAAACUCAGUCUCGAUUGCCCACCCGAGGAUCUGAAUGAAGGAGAUGUCAUUCUCCUCGAAACACCCAUCAAUCCUUUGGGUACGGCUUUCAGUAUCGAAGAAUAUGCCAAGAAGGCACACUCGCGAGGUGCAUACUUGAUCGUGGAUAGUACUUUCGCACCUCCCAGCCUACAAGAUCCUUUCUUAUGGGGCGCGGAUAUUGUCAUGCAUUCAGGAUCCAAGUACUUUGGUGGUCACAGUGACCUCCUUUGUGGUGCUCUUGCGACGAAGCGUGCAGACUGGACAAAACAACUUUUCGAAGACCGCCUAGCUCUGGGGAAUGUCCUUGGAAACAUGGAAAGCUGGCUCGGGGUGCGAAGUUUGAGAACUCUUGAGGUUCGUGUAGAACGCGCAAGUCAGAAUUCGGCGAAAUUGAUUUCGUGGCUUCAUGGUGCUCAGUGUGCCCCGUCACCAGCUCCGGGCUCCGAAGGAGCUGUUGUGCAGGCCGUACUUCAGAAGAUCUACCAUGCCAGUCUUCAGAAUGAGCCAUGGUUGAAGAAGCAAAUGCCUAAUGGCUUUGGACCGGUGUUCUCUAUUGUUUUACAGCGGGAAGAUCACGCAAAGCAUCUGCCGAGUAAGCUGCAUUAUUUCCAGCAUGCGACCAGCCUUGGUGGUGUUGAGUCUUUGAUUGAGUGGCGGGCAUUGUCUGACCCUCGAGUGGACCGGAAAUUGUUGAGGAUCAGUGUUGGUUUAGAGAACUGGGAAGACUUGAAGAAUGACCUGCUCCAGGCAUUCCAAUCUCUCCUUCAAGUUUGA